AUACAAUCCUUUAGAAGAGAAUAAUUUAUAUUUACGAGAGGACAAGGUGCAAGACAUUAAUAAUCGUCGGGAAAUUUUCAAAAAUGCAACAGUUUUAGAAGAAGAAUAUUUUAUAGUUCCUUUGCAAAAUCUUAAAAAUAAAUCAUGAGUAUUGAACAUGUUCUAAAAACUAUAGGUACAACAUUUAUAAACUUUUCUAAAAAUGGAUUUACUUAUGGACUGCAAGGUAAUAUGCUUCUUAGAAAUCUGGAGGCACAUUGGUUUUUACAUUGUGUCACUAUGUCACCAUACAAUGUUUUCAUAACUACAACAGAUAGGAUUAAACAUACUCUACAAAUAUUAGAUAAUAUGAAUAUAAAUGAAAUACCUUAUGGACUUGCUAUUAUAAAAGAUUCCAAAACUUCUUGGAAUCAAUUAAUUUGGCCACCAAAAUGUAAAGUGACUUCUCAUAAAAUUGCAAAAACUAUUACAUUUGCACAUAAUUCUCAAUCAAAAGAUUUAUUUUAUAAAAAACAAAGAGAACGAAAAAUGUGGUGGCGCAAGCUUACUCAAAACCCUUCAAGAUUUUUACUUACUGAAUCAAGAAAGCUAAAAAAUCGUGAAAUAAUUGACAUAGAAGUACUAUUUCCUUUUGGCAAUAUUAUUGUAGAGACCAUUAUUUAUCAAUGUGAUGUACAUAAACUAUUUGUAAAGACUACAAAUUCUAAAUAUGAUAUUGACGAUGUACAUAUGAUCGAACAUGUUGCUUCCUUAGAUUGGGGUUGUUUGGCAUUACUUUCUGACAGUUAUGAAGAUGGUAAAUCUAAUCAAAUAUUGUUACAUCCAAAGAUUUCACCAUACAAAGUUGCUUUUUGCAUUGAAAAAGAAAGUAAUGAAACUGAUUCAGAUACAGAGAAGUUAAGUCGUUUUAUAAUAUAUUUAAAUAAUAUACUUAGAACAAAAGGUUUUGAAACUAUAUUAGUGAAUACAAAAGAAGUAAUUGAAAUGUGCCUCGUUCCUUUUGUUGUCACGGUAGCUCAGACUAGUCUUAAAAAUGGCAUAAUACACAUUACGAAUAGAUCCACAACUCUUGCAGAAGCAAUUCAUUUUACAGAUUUGGUAAAAUAUAUUGCUUUGCGAUGUAGUCACUCAGUUUGACAAUAAAUCAAUGUCUGUAAAUCAAA